CACCAAUUUCUAUUCUGCCUCCAUUCGUAGCAGGCUUGGCGAAGCUACACAUUCGCCGCAGCAAUCUGGUCGCAUCGUUUGUUCGGUUUAGUUCUGUAUACGAUGGAGACCACAAUUAAUCCUAUCCGAACGGUCGGGAAAAAGGUAAUUGUGGAGUACGGUGGUCGCAUAUAUUCCGCCCCGCAGCAAGAUCUACCGAAAGUGUCACGGAUGGAUGUGAGAGUUUGCUAAACGUCGCCAUCGAACAGGUGGUUAACUAUGCGAAAGAUUCAACAGCACCAGCAGGAGCGUUCGGGUGGAUGCUAUGGAUCGAAGGAGGAAAUCAAACGACCCGUCUCAGACACUCUCAGCGAGCUGAGCGAUUCGGACGGUCAGGGAUGCACACCGAAGCUUCCGUCCAUUAAUCCGGCCGUAUCCUGUAGCGCGGCGAAGGUUCUAUCCGAGCUGAAAGAGGAAGUAACACGGCUCAUUGACGAAUCGAUCGAGAAAAUCGAACAAAAUUGGACACACAGUUCAAAGUUGGACUCCGAAGCGGUGCGUGAAACUGUGCCAGAACCAGAGCUGAUGACAGAACCCGUUAAAGCUGCGGAAGAUUUGACCAAAAAGCUACAUCCCGAUGGAGAUCGUGGUCUGUUGCCGCACCGAGAGCAAAAUUUACAAGUACUGCACACGGAACUGUUUGAGACGAGCAAGCAGCAGACGCGCAUGAAGCUGCUAAACGAAAUUCGUGAUCUCGUGGAGCGUUUGAAGGAUAUGGAAACGUUGGAAUAGUGUGAGGGGUGGGCAGAGCGAUCGCUUGAACGUUUUGAAACAGUCGUUUUAUUCGUUAUUGAUGUUUUAUUGCUACAUUCUAAUCAAAUAGAAGUUCAGCAUUGAAAGGA